AUCCUGAGGAAGUUUUUCGUCACGUGAGUGCUGGGACAGUGCCAGGAAGUUGACACGAGUUUACACCAGCAUUUUCGAUUUUUUAUUUGUGAUUUUACUCGCAGGAUGACGGCUGGAACAAUGGUCGAUUUCGAAGAUGUCGACAAAGAUAUUCAAGAGCUCCUCCACGAAAGUAUAAACGUGAGGCAGAGAGCCUAUUGUCCGUACAGCAAAUUCCAAGUGGGUGCUGCACUGAGGUGCCAGGAUGGAACGAUAUCGACUGGUUGCAACGUCGAGAAUGCAUCAUUCCCCGCAGGAGUGUGUGCCGAGAGAGCAGCAAUAUCGAAAGCCAUCUCCGAAGGAAAGGCAAAAUUCAGUGCCAUUGCUGUAGUCGCCAAAUCCGUUAAUGGAGCUGUGACGUCCCCCUGCGGUGUCUGCCGCCAAAUGCUGGCGGAAUUCGGUGAUAUGCCAGUCUACCUAGCACCCCCCGACAUGAAGAAAGUCCUGAAGACAUCAGUAAGAGAUCUUCUGCCCUUUUCCUUCGGACUCAACGGUGUCAUGUUCGAUUAGACGACAAUUUGUGUCUUAUCACAGUUCGCAAUGUGUGGAUUCAUUAUUCCGGAAUUGGUGAGGAUUUUAUUAUUAAGGUGUUAAUACACAAUCAAUGUAUCAAUGACGAAAUUCAUCUGAUAUUUGGAUUUAUUCAAUUUUCUGAUGCCAAAAUCAUAUCACCGGCUUGUCUUUCAGGUUCUUAGAAAGUUCAUUAAUGAAGUGGUGAAUUGAUAGUUUUUUUUUCGAUUACAUUCAUGCAAGAAGAUAUAACCAUCGAUUGGUCGCAUGUCUUCUAUUUAAUUAAAUAAUGGAAGAUGAAGAUUGAAUUGUCAAUUAAAAAUAUUACAUAGGUAUUUUUGUACUCAAAGAGAUCGUGAAAAAUUAGUUCUCCAUCACCCAUGAUUGAUCAAUAUUUCAUCAUUCGCUUGAAUCAAAAUAACAAUAAAAAAAAAAAGAAAA